GAAGGAGCGCAGAGCAGAGGAGGACUCCAUGGAAGCAACGAUUGAAUGUACCGAGCCGAACGCGAAAUCAAAUCCAGGCCCAGCAGCGGAAAUGUCGGAGAUGAGGCGAGAGAGGAAUUUAUUAGCUUCGAUUUCUUUCUCUCUCUCUCUCUCUCUCUCUCUCUUCUUGCGCGCUUCGCUGAAGAUCUCCGUCAAUCGUCGUCGCAAGCCCUCCUCCACGCGCGGCCAUUGCCGUCGACGCCCCCACGCGCCGCAAUGGCCUCACCUCCGACCCUCCCGAUCUCCUCCCAAUCCACCACCGCGGGGGCUCAGUCUCAGCCCCAGCCGCCCAUCGCCACGCACGCCCUCCGCGCGUUCGUCUCCCGCCUCUCCUCCUCCCUCCGGCAGGGCCUUUCCCAGCGCCGUCCCUGGUCCGAGCUCCUCGACCGGACCGCCAUGGCCCGGCCUGACAACCUCACCGAAGCCGCCUCACGGAUCCGCAAGAACGCCUCCUAUUUCAAGGUCAACUACAUCGCCCUCCUCGCCGUCGUGCUUGCCCUCUCGCUUGUCACCCACCCGUUCUCCCUCCUUGUGCUGCUCUCCCUCCUCGCCGCCUGGAUCUUCCUCUACCUGUUCCGAUCGUCCGAUCAACCGCUGGUCGUCUACGGCCGCACGUUCUCCGACCGCGAGGUGCUGGGGAUUCUCGUUCUUCUGACAAUCGUCGUGGUGUUCUUGACGAGCGUUGGUUCACUGUUGAUCUCCGCGUCGAUGAUUGGAGUCGCUAUCGUGUGCGCUCACGGUGCGUUCAGGGUUCCUGAAGAUCUGUUCUUGGAUGAUGAGCAACCUGCAAAUGCCGGAUUGCUGUCAUUCCUCAGUGGUGCCGCCUCGUCCGCUGCCGCAGCGGCUGCACCGGCGGUUGCCGCACGUGUGUAGAGCUGGGUGGUAUAAUUCGAUCUAUGGGGUUGGUCAGGUUAAUUUGACCUCCCUAUCUUUUUAGUAUGAUAAAGUGAUGAUUCGUUUGUUAUUAGGGUUUUGGAGUUGUUUUGGUUUAGGUUGGUUGUUGAUGGGGGUGGCAUGUUGAUUCUUGUGUCAGAAUGCGGUGUAAGAUCUUGCGACUCUACUUUGAUGAAGUUAGAUCUGUGAAUUUUCCAAAUGAGAGAUCUUAAUUUCUUUUCGAAUAUGAAUUCUUUGGUCCUGA